AUCUGUGACACCCACACGCCAACACUACAUCUUCAAGCAAUAAUUUUUUUUUCCACCCUGCAUUCACAAGUACUCCAAAAUUACUUUUUUCCAAACGUUAACCUCUUCGGUUUUGUAAUCGUACGGGCUAGAAUGUCACAGACCGCAGUUGAAAUACAGCUUCAAGUGCCAUCAAGUCAGCUGUCAAAGACGGGAGAACUGCAACGAACGAGCUCCCGCUCUCUGUCACCCUAUCCAGAUGAUGUCUUUAAUCAAAUUCGAAACAAUGACCAGAACGAGCUUGGCAACGUUUACCAAGUCAAGACCAAGGGCAAGACAGUCCUUAUCAUUACCGCUGUUACCCUGGUAACAGGUACAGCUUCAAUGCUGAAUGGCAUGAUUACUGUCAGUCUUCCUACUUUGGCCAUUGACCUUGGAAUAGGCCCAGAUCUGCUAUUCUGGCCAUCUUCGAUUCAGGCAUUGACCUGCGGUUGCACUUUGCUACUUUCUGGAUCAAUUGCAGAUGCAAUCGGCGCCAGAUACAUGUAUCUCAUAGGAACGCUCUUGCAGACAGCCUUUGUUUUGGGAUGUGGCCUCUCCCGCAACCCUCUAGAGAUCAUUCUUUUUCGCGGGUUGAGUGGCAUUGCUGCCUCCUUUUGCCUGCCCAGCGCCGUCAGCAUCAUUACAAGCUCUUUCACUGGCCAUCACCGCAAUGUCGCCUUUGCAUUUAUGGGCGGCGGUCAGCCCGCUGGCUUCAUUAUUGGUCUCGUUCUUGGGGGGAUAUUGACCGACUUGGCAAACUGGAGAGUUGAAUUUUACGGCUCAUCUGCCGUCACGGCCGUUACUUUUGCACUGAACCUCUGGGGCCUGUCAACCUCUACUAGUGAUGACUUGGGCUCAACGUGGAAGCAAAGAUGGCAUCAGAUUACCCAUGAAAUUGACUGGAUUGGUGCAAUCAUAUCAAGUACUUGCCUGGGACUUAUGUCUUAUGUCCUUGUAUCAGUCACCGGAAACGUGUCAAAUAUACAAUCACCAACCAGCAUUGCCCUUCUUGCUACGUCCAUUGCCCUAAUACCCACAUUCAUAUUCUGGGUUGGGCGGCAGGAACGAUUGGGCAAGCCAGCACUAAUACCAAAUUCUCUAUGGCGAAACAAAGUCUUUACUGUCAUUUGCAUCACUGUCUUCUUCUCCUGGGGUGCCGUUGAAGCUCUUGAGACCAUCCUUACAUUCUACUUCCAAAACGUGCAGAACCUCAGUGCUUUGCAAACGUCGAUUCGUUUCUUGCCUGCCGCUGCUACAGGCAUACUUGCGAACAUUGUCGCUGGAUCAUUGGUCCAUCGAGCCCCUGGAAAUGUCAUUGUAGUUGUUGGCCUUGCCAUAUCCUGCGUGGCACCACUGGUCAUGGCGUUUGCAAAGCCAACUUCCAGCUACUGGAGUUCUGGCUUUGUGGCAAAUCUACUCAAUCCCAUCGGAUCUGACGGCCUUUUCACGGUGGCAAAUCUCCUAAUCACAUCAGUUUUCCCUGCCAAAACUCAGGGCUUGGCAGGCGGUGUCUUCAACACAGUCAGCCAGAUUGGCAAGUCCGUAGGUCUGGUGCUUGUUGCUUUGAUUGCAGGCAAUAUAACCUCGGAGACUCGCUUUGCCAACAAGUCGAGCCCUGAUGCUUUGAUGGUGGGAUAUCGAGCUGCUUUCUGGUUUUGCUUUGCCCUUUGCACUUCGACGCUUGCCCUGGCCUUGUGGGGUCUGCAUCGAAUUGGGAAAGUUGGGCACAAGAGAGAAUAAGACCCAUGGAUCAUGUUACUACAAGGGCGCGGGGCACCAGAUUCUACUGUCUGUAUCCUUCACUCUUUCGGAUUUGGCUUCUGAACUAUUUUUCUCGAUCAGCGUAUCAACUUACCAAAAUAUGAGUGCCAGUCUCAUCCCGUUCAAAGUCGGGCUGGAUAUUUGCAUGUUUGAUGAUAUUCUACCCUC